AUGGAGCAGAUAACACCCAAAGAAGUAAAAAUUUUAGAAACUGUUGAAGACAUUCAAGAAAGAAGAGAUCAGGUUUUAAAUCGUUAUGGCGAAUUUAAAUCAGAAGCUAGAGCCAAAAGAGAAAAACUUGAAGAUUCCAGAAGAUAUCAGUAUUUUAAAAGAGAUGCUGAUGAACUUGAAUCUUGGAUUUAUGAAAAGCUUCAGGCUGCAUCUGAUGAAAGUUACAAAGAUUGUACAAACUUGCAAGCGAAAAUUCAAAAACAUCAAGCUUUUGAAGCUGAAGUAGCAGCACACAGCAAUGCAAUUGUUGUUCUCGAUAACACUGGACAAGAAAUGAUUCAACAAAAUCAUUUUGCUAGUGACACCAUUAAAAAGCGUUUAGAUGAUUUGCAUGCUUUAUGGGAACUUCUUUUGAGUCGUCUGGCUGAAAAAGGAAUGAAAUUAAACCAAGCACUUGUUCUUGUUCAGUUCUUUCGUCAGUGUGAUGAAGUCAUGUUUUGGAUAAAUGAUAAAGAAACUUUUGUUACUACUGAUGAAUUUGGAGAUGAUUUGGAACAUGUUGAAGUUUUGCAAAGAAAAUUUGAUGAAUUUCAAAAGGAUAUGGCUUCACAAGAAUAUCGUGUUACUGAAGUUAACGAAUUAGCUGAUAAACUUGUACUUGAAGGCCAUCCCGAACGUGAAGUUAUAAUCCGUCGAAAAGAGGAUCUUAAUGAAAAAUGGGCCAGGUUGAAGCAAUUAGCUCUAAUGCGCCAAGAAAAAUUAUUUGGAGCUCAUGAAAUUCAGAGGUUCAAUAGAGAUGCAGAUGAAACCGUUGCUUGGAUUUCUGAAAAAGACGCUGUCUUAUCAUCAGACGAUUAUGGUCGUGAUCUUGCAAGCGUUCAAACUUUACAAAGAAAGCAUGAAGGAGUUGAAAGAGAUCUAGCAGCUCUUGAAGACAAAGUUUCUACUUUGGGUCAAGAGGCUGAUCGUCUUUGUGGAAUUCAUGCCGACCAUGGUGAUCAAAUACAAGCUAAACGUGCUGAAAUUGUUAGCUAUUGGGAAAGUCUUACGGCAAAAGCCAAGGAAAGACGAAGCAAAUUGGAUGAAUCGUACCACCUUCAUAGAUUUUUAGCUGAUUUCCGCGAUUUGAUUUCAUGGAUAAAUGAUAUGAAAACCAUAAUUUCUGCAGAUGAGUUGGCGAAAGAUGUAGCUGGAGCUGAAUCUUUGCUUGAAAGACAUCAGGAGCACAAAGGAGAAAUUGAUGCUCGAGAAGACAGUUUUGCUGCCACUACUGAUGCCGGGCAAGCUCUUCUCGCUCGUGAUCAUUAUGCAUCACAAGAAAUCAAGGACAAAUUAUUGACAUUAUCAAAUGAAAAAAUAUCUUUGCUCGGUUUAUGGGAAGAAAGAAGAAUAUUGUACGAACAAUGUAUGGAUCUUCAACUGUUUUACCGUGACACAGAACAAGCUGAUACAUGGAUGGCCAAACAAGAAGCUUUCCUUGCCAAUGAAGAUUUAGGAGAUUCUCUUGAUUCAGUUGAAGCUUUAAUUAAAAAACAUGAAGAUUUCGAAAAAUCUCUUACGGCUCAAGAAGAAAAAAUUAAAGCAUUGGAUGAAUUUGCAACUAAAUUAAUUGAAGGACAACAUUAUGCUGCGGAUGACGUUGCACAAAGACGAGCUAUGCUUCUGGAACGCAGAGCGGCUCUUCUGGAAAAAUCUGCCAAUCGUAGAGAUAUCUUAAACGAUUCCUUCCGACUUCAACAAUUCGAACGAGAUUGUGACGAAACAAAAGGUUGGAUUAACGAAAAAUUAAAAUUUGCAACCGACGACAAUUACUUGGACCCGACUAACUUAAAUGGAAAAGUUCAAAAACAUCAAAAUUUCGAACAAGAAUUGGGAGCUAAUCGAUCACGUAUGGAUGAAAUAACAUCGACUGGUCAAGAUCUCAUCGAUGCUAAUCAUUAUGCCUCUGAUCGCAUUCAAGCUAGAACUGAUGAAAUCGUGCAAUUAUGGGAUGCAUUGGUCGCAGCCACCGAUAAAAAAGGUACCAAAUUACAAGAAGCGUCUCAACAACAACAGUUUAAUAGGACAGUGGAGGAUGUUGAAUUAUGGCUUUCGGAAGUUGAAGGACAAUUGUUGAGUGAGGAUUACGGAAAGGAUUUGACAAGCGUGCAAAAUUUACAAAAAAAACAUGCCUUAUUGGAAGCUGAUGUAGCUUCUCAUCAAGAUCGUAUUGACGGUAUCGUUCACGCUGCUGAAACGUUUGUUGAACGUGGUCAUUUCGAUGCAGACAACAUAAAAGCAAAACAAGAAGCCCUUAGUGAACGUUAUGCUGCAUUGCAACGUCCCAUGGGAAUAAGAAAACAACGUUUGUUAGACUCACUUCAAGUUCAACAGCUUUUCAGAGACAUUGAAGAUGAAGAAGCAUGGAUUCGUGAAAAAGAACCUGUUGCAGCCUCUACCAAUCGAGGUCGCGAUUUGAUCGGUGUCCAAAACUUGAUUAAAAAACAUCAAGCUGUUUUGGCGGAAAUCAAUAAUCACGAAAACAGAGUCGCUGCCGUUUGCCAAGUCGGUCAGCAAAUGCUCAACGACGGUCACUUUGCAAAGGAUGAUAUAAAACAAAGGAUAGCCAUUUUAAAAGACCAUUGGAAUCAACUUAAAAAUAAGGCCUUGCAGAGAAAACAAGAUUUGGAAGAUUCAUUGCAAGCUCAUCAGUAUUUCGCUGAUGCUAAUGAAGCGGAAUCUUGGAUUAAAGAAAAAGAACCGAUCGUGACGUCUACUGAUUACGGGAAAGACGAAGAUUCUUCCGAAGCGUUGUUAAAAAAACACGAAGCUUUGGUUUCCGAUUUGGAAGCAUUCGAUAGUACAAUAUCUGCUUUGAAAAAACAAGCUCAAGCAUGCCGUCAACAAGAAACUCCCGUCAUAGACGUCACAGGAAAAGAAUGCGUUAUGGCUCUUUACGAUUACACGGAAAAAUCGCCUCGAGAAGUGUCGAUGAAAAAAGGAGACAUUCUCACCCUUUUGAAUUCAAAUAACAAUGACUGGUGGAAAGUGGAGGUAAACGACAGGCAAGGUUUUGUUCCAGCUGCUUACGUGAAAAAAAUGGAAGCAGGACUUACGGCUUCGCAGCAAAACUUGGCAGAUAAUAGUUCGAUUGCUGCUCGUCAAAACCAAAUUGAAGGUCAAUAUUCACACUUGUUGGGAUUGGCAAAAGAAAGACAAAAUAAAUUAGAUGAAACCGUUAAGGCUUAUGUUCUUGUAAGGGAAGCUGCAGAAUUAGCCAAUUGGAUUAAGGAUAAAGAGAAUUAUGCCGAAGUGGAAGAUGUUGGCGAAGAUUUAGAACAAGUUGAAGUUUUACAAAAGAAAUUUGAUGAUUUCCAAUCGGAUUUAAAAGCUAACGAAGUCAGAUUAGCUGAAAUGAAUGAAAUUGCCGUUCAAUUAAUGAGCAUCGGUCAAACUGAGGCAGCCGUAAAGAUUCAAACUCAAAUUCAGGAUUUGAAUCACAAAUGGGCUUCGUUGCAACAGUUGACAUCAGAACGUGCUGCCCAAUUAGGAUCCGCUCACGAAGUUCAAAGAUUCCAUCGGGAUGUCGAUGAGACAAAAGAUUGGAUUCAAGAGAAAGAUCAGGCUCUUAAUAAUGACGAUCUGGGAAAAGAUUUAAGAAGCGUUCAGGCUUUGCAAAGAAAACAUGAAGGAUUGGAGAGGGAUUUGGCUGCAUUGGGUGAUAAAAUUCGUCAAUUGGAUGAAACUGCUAAUCGUCUUAUGCAAACGCAUCCGGAUACUGCCGAUCAAACUUUCGCCAAGCAACGUGAAAUAAACGAAGAAUGGACGCAACUUACGGCCAAAGCCAAUUCUCGUAAGGAAAAACUUUUAGAUUCUUACGACCUUCAACGUUUCCUCAGCGACUAUCGUGACCUCAUGUCGUGGAUCACUAGCAUGAUGGGUCUCGUGUCAAGUGAAGAAUUGGCUAAUGAUGUUACCGGAGCCGAAGCCCUUUUGGAACGUCAUCAGGAACACAGAACUGAAAUUGAUGCUAGGGCUGGAACGUUUCAAGCUUUCGAGUUAUUUGGACAACAACUUCUUCAAGCUGGUCAUUACGCCAGUGUUGAAAUACAGGAAAAAUUAGAAAGCAUGCGUGAAGCUCGCCAAGAAUUGGAAAAGGCUUGGGUUGCCAGACGCGUUCAAUUAGAUCAAAACUUGGAACUUCAAUUGUUCUACAGAGAUUGCGAACAAGCUGAAAACUGGAUGUCUGCUCGAGAAGCAUUUUUAGCUUCCGAAGAAGUAGAUUCUAAAGGAGAUAACGUGGAAGCCUUGAUAAAAAAACACGAAGAUUUCGAUAAAGCAAUUAAUGCUCACGAAGAAAAAAUCGCUGCUUUACAAACAUUAGCCGAUCAGUUAAUGGCUGCCAAUCAUUAUGCUUCCAACGACAUCGACGAAAAACGUAAACAGGUUUUAGAUAGAUGGAGACAUUUGAAAGAAGCUUUGAUUGAAAAGCGAUCACGUUUGGGAGAAUCGCAAACAUUGCAACAGUUCAGUCGAGAUGCUGAUGAAAUGGAAAAUUGGAUUGCGGAAAAAUUACAAUUGGCUACGGAAGAAAGUUACAAGGAUCCAGCAAAUAUUCAAUCGAAACAUCAAAAGCAUCAAGCUUUUGAAGCCGAACUUGCAGCCAAUGCAGACAGAAUUCAAAGCGUUUUGGCCAUGGGAACUAAUUUGAUCGAUAAGCAUCAGUGUGCCGGAUCUGAAGAUGCCGUGCAAGCGAGAAUUGCUUCCAUAACCGAGCAGUGGGAAUUUUUGACUCAAAAAACAACGGAAAAAACAUUAAAACUCAAAGAGGCGAACAAACAAAGAACUUAUGUGGCCGCCGUCAAAGAUUUGGAUUUCUGGCUUGGAGAAGUUGAGUCAUUGUUAACAUCCGAAGAUUCUGGAAAAGAUUUAGCAUCCGUUCAAAAUUUGAUGAAAAAACAUCAAUUGGUAGAAGCUGACAUAAGUGCUCAUGAAGAUCGUAUCAAGGACAUGAAUAAACAAGCUGAUUCUUUGAUUGAAAGUCAGCAGUUCGACACUGCGAGUAUUCAAGAAAGACGUCAAUCCAUUAACGAACGCUACGAACGUGUGCACAAUUUGGCUGCUCACAGACAAGCAAGAUUAAAUGAAGCCAACACUUUACAUCAGUUUUUCAGAGACAUUGCCGAUGAGGAAUCAUGGAUUAAAGAGAAAAAGUUAUUGGUCGGAUCCGAUGACUACGGACGUGAUUUGACCGGAGUUCAAAAUUUGAAAAAAAAACACAAGAGAUUAGAAGCCGAAUUGGCAUCUCACGAACCUGCUAUUCAAGCCGUGCAAGAAGCCGGAGAAAAAUUAAUGGACGUCUCAAAUUUGGGCGUGCCAGAAAUAGAACAACGUUUGAAAGCCUUAAAUCAAGCUUGGGCCGAAUUAAAACAAUUGGCAGCCACAAGAGGUCAAAAAUUGGAUGAAUCGUUAACUUACCAACAAUUUUUGGCCAAAGUCGAAGAAGAAGAAGCUUGGAUAAGUGAAAAACAACAAUUGCUAUCAGUUGAAGAUUACGGAGAUACAAUGGCUGCCGUUCAGGGUUUGCUUAAAAAACACGACGCAUUCGAAACUGAUUUUGCUGCUCACAAAGAACGGUGUGCAGACAUUUGUAAUGCAGGUUCCCAACUCAUCGAAGGUGAAAAUCAUCACAGUGACAGUAUUAUUCAAAGAUGUCAACAAUUACAAAAUAAAUUGGAUCACUUGUCAAAUCUGGCUGCUCACCGCAAAGCAAAACUAAUGGAUAAUUCUGCGUACUUGCAAUUCAUGUGGAAAGCGGAUGUUGUUGAAUCCUGGAUUGCCGAUAAAGAAACUCAUGUUCGUUCGGAAGAAUUUGGCCGGGAUUUGUCAACGGUUCAAACGCUUUUAACUAAACAGGAAACAUUCGAUGCAGGACUUCACGCGUUCGAACACGAAGGUAUUCAGAACAUAACCGCAUUGAAAGAUCAAUUAAUUGCCGCUCAACACGAUCAGAGUCCUGCCAUAUUGAAGAGACACGGAAACGUAAUUGCAAGAUGGCAAAAGCUUUUAGCAGAUUCGGAUGCCAGAAAGCAAAGAUUAUUGAGAAUGCAAGAUCAAUUCCGUCAAAUCGAAGAGCUUUAUUUAACUUUUGCGAAAAAAGCUUCCGCGUUUAAUUCAUGGUUUGAAAAUGCCGAAGAAGAUUUGACGGAUCCAGUUCGAUGUAAUUCUAUCGAAGAAAUCCGAGCUUUGAGAGAUGCUCACGCUCAAUUUCAGGCAUCUUUGUCAUCAGCUCAAGCUGAUUUCGAAGCUCUGGCCGCUUUAGAUCAACAGAUUAAAAGUUUCAACGUUGGACCGAAUCCUUAUACCUGGUUUACCAUGGAAGCUUUGGAAGACACUUGGAGAAAUUUAAAAAAAAUCAUUAAGGAACGAGACACGGAAUUGGCAAAGGAAGCUCAACGUCAAGAAGAAAAUGAUAAACUUCGUAAAGAAUUUGCCAAACACGCAAACGCUUUCCAUCAAUGGUUGACGGAAACGAGGACGUCAAUGAUGGAAGGUUCUGGAUCGUUGGAUCAACAACUCGAAGCAACGAAAAGUAAAGCGACGGAAGUUCGAGCACGUAAAUCCGAUUUGAAAAGAAUCGAAGAUUUGGGUGCACUCCUCGAAGAACAUUUGAUUUUGGAUAACAGGUACACGGAACAUUCUACCGUGGGACUGGCACAACAAUGGGAUCAAUUGGAUCAAUUGGGAAUGAGAAUGCAACAUAAUUUGGAGCAGCAAAUUCAAGCGAGAAAUCAAUCGGGAGUAUCUGAGGAUGCUCUCAAAGAAUUUUCCAUGAUGUUUAAACAUUUCGAUAAGGAUAAGAGCGGACGUUUGAAUCAUCAAGAAUUUAAAAGUUGUCUUCGUGCUUUGGGCUAUGAUUUGCCCAUGAUGGAAGAAGGACAACCUGAUCCCGAAUUCGAAGAUAUACUCGAUGUCGUCGAUCGAAAUAGAGAUGGUUUCGUAUCACUCAAAGAAUACAUGACGUUUAUGAUAAGAAAAGAAACGGAAAACGUACAAAGUUCAGACGAAAUAGAAAAUGCCUUCCGAGCAAUAACUGCUGCCGAUCGACCCUACGUCACCAAAGACGAAUUAUACGCGAAUUUGACGAAAGAAAUGGCGGAUUAUUGCGUCGAUCGUAUGAAACCUUACGUGGAUCCAAAAACGGAAAGACCAAUUCCAGGAGCAUUGGAUUACAUAGAAUUCACUCGCACGCUUUUCCAAAAUUAA